UAUUCUUUUCUAUCUUUAACAUCCACCCACUCCCAACACACAGGGUUUCAGUUUUUUUUCCCAAACAAGCUGAAAAUCAAUCCAAUAUUUGAUCUGGCUAUCUAAACAUUCUUCUAUCACCCCAGGAAGCACAGCUAAUGUCAUUUUACUCCAAGUGAAGAGCCUAUUGGAUGGACUGAUACUUUUUUUGCAUCCCUUCUUCWGUCAGCCACCAUGGAGGAACUCCAGAGGAAACUGAACCAGCGUUAUGAAGGCACGAAGCCCAGAAAAGUGAGGUUCAAGCUGGCGUCAUCCUAUAGUGGCCGGGUGUUAAAGCACGUGUACGAGGACGGUCAGGAGCUGGACAGUCCMGAGGAGAAAUACCCUCACAGCUUCGUUCACCGAAAAAUCCCACCCAGCCACCUGGAGAUGGAGCAGCUUUGCGGCUUUGAAGACUCUCAUGGAGACCAACAAGGGGUCUAUCCUCCGACAGGCCUCAUUGCCCAAAGAAUAAACGUAUACAGAGGAAUGAGGAACUACAAGCCUGAAGCCGGGAUGAGUGAUGAAGCAGAGGGAGAUGGUCAGUCCUCAGUGUUAGACUUUGGCAAGAUAAUCAUCUACACCAGCAACCUGCGCAUCAUAAGAGCACCACCAAAGAAGCCUGAAAUGAUACGACAACACUCGAUGCCCCCGUUGGACUUGGAGGAAUACCCGAAGGCCAAGGACAGAGGCAGCAGGAGGAAGGCUAAAGCUCUUCACAUGCAGGAGGGGCUGGAAAAGGAGGAGAAACAGAUUAGGGACACAGAUAUCAAGGAGGCCGACAGCUGCCAGCAUUGUGGUGGUUCGGGCUGCGCUCCCUGCUCCCUGUGUCAUGGCAGCAAGCUGUCCAUGCUGGCGAACCGCUUCAAUGAGUCCAUCAGCGAUCUACGUUGCCAAGCCUGCUACCCUCAUGGCCUGGAGAGGUGCCAGUCCUGCUCCAGUAAAUAGCACCAUUUGGCUGACACCCAUAUCUGGCGAGGAGAGAGUCAGUGAGUGUGUGACCAAUGUACUAUCAGGAUGCCAGAGCCGCCUCAGUGGCGYCAUUGCGUCAAACCAAAAUAAUCUCGGCGCAACAUUUUGAAGCACUGCUCAACAAAGGCUAUCAGUGGAGAGGGGGCUUGUGACUGUGCUGCAGACUCUACAGCAUUAAAAUACAAUAAUUGUGUGCUGUGAAUGUUGCUUCAAAUAGCCCAAACACAUAAUUGUUUUGUUGUUGUUUAGCAUCUGUGCACCUCUUUCCUAUGCAACCUGGUUUGACAACUGGGUUAUCAUGUGCAAUUCCAGAAAAGUUGACGCUUUGUGAAAAAUGUCACUUAAACAGAAUCUAACACUUUUCAAAUGUCAUAAAUCCUAUUUUAUUCCCAACACCCCCCACCCCCCCAAUCAAAACUGCAUAAUUACUGAUAAUCACAUUUCACUCAUUAUACCACAAAAAUCAACAGCAGUCAGACACCCCAUCAUGUUAUUCAGGGAUGAUUAAACAGAAAAAGAAAAAGAAAAUUAAAAAUUAUAGGAUCUGCUGCAAUACACAUACUUAUACAUUUAUAUUUAAAUUGCAAGCUGUUGUUGUCAGCUCUGAGAGAUUUUAUUGAAAAUUUAAGCAUUUUAUUAUAUAUAAAUUAUGUUCAUAUAUAUGAAUAAUAUAUUUUAAUGUUAAUCUUUGACAAACUGAUAUAUUUUCAAUCAACUAUGUUUAAAUAUCAGUAAAAGUUGUUAUUUACAGUGUUUUUAAUUUAAGGUUAUUUUCAAGAACUAUAAAUGAACAUAAAUCCUGCUGAUGGCCCCACAGGCUCUGCAUGUACAGUAACCAGCUCUGAGUUGUAAGGAUGUUUUUUGCGGUGGCUGCUCAAARAAAAAUUGCUUCCCUUUAUUUAGUUUGUCUUAUUGUGCUGGAUAGCUCAACAUCCAAUUAAAGCCCAACAGUGAGGAGAAGCAGGGCCAAGAACACCAGCAGAAAUCAAAUUCCUGCAUGAGAAGAGUAUGAAUUCAGUCCGCCACUUUUAAUUAUAUUUUCAUUCCCCUGACCUGUCUGCUCAACGUGUUCCCCCUGUACUUAAGCUAAGACUGCAGCGCUUUUGAACUUUCUAACCACCAUUCUCACUCAGUAUUCCAUUGGGCAACUAAAGUGAUGGAGAAUUGGGUCACAUAAGUUUUUUUGUGUGUGUGUCCUGCAGUGACCUGUGUGAAGGAGACAGGUAAGAAGCACUUUGGCUUUAGAAAACCAGAACUAAUUUGUAAAUGGUUCACACUUUUAUGACUCUUCUUUUUUAAACCUGUCUGGAUUAGCCACARAUCUUCAGUGCAUUCCUUAAUGAAUUAUAUUGGUUUUAAUUGUUUGAUCCCACUAAUAUGCCAAUAAGCAAGGGCUUCUUAUGUAUUUGCUUAUUUUUUAUUGGAAAUUUGAAACAAUUUGAAUCAAUAAAACUACAUUAACGUCA